CUACUGAAGCUUGGCAGUACUGUAACCAUAACAAACCUUGGUUUUGAGGCUGUAGGCUCCGAUUUUGUUAUUACUUUAGUUGAAUGCUUCAUAAUACGAUUUAAAUAAUAUUUGCCUACAAAUCAUGUAUUAGCUAAUUCAGGUUAGGCCUAAAUAAUAGGGAAUAGGAUAGCCUGUACUAGCAGGUUUAUUAGCUUUCAGCCAAACUCGGGCGAAUGCUUGGCUAUCACUACUUUGAUUGGAGAGAAAAAACACUGAGUUUCGUUUUGAUUUCCAUAGAAAAUAUAACCCAGAAGACCUGUCAUCUCUCAAAGUGGCGUCUAGAAUGGACUUCCGCGGUAGAAAGUAUGAGCGGGGCAGCAACUGGUCCGACCCAGAGGUGGCCGAACUCCUCCAGCUGUGGUCAGAUGAGUCGGUCCAACUCGAGCUGGAAAGUUGCCUCCGAAAUCAACAUGUAUUUAACCGAAUAGCGGACGUCCUGCGGGAGAACGGUAUCUAUCGCACUGGCGACCAGUGCAGGGAGAAGAUAAAAAAGAUGAAGCUGGAGUACCGCCGCAUUAAGGACAACCACAGGAUGAUACGCGGCGGGAGGUCGUGGAAGUUUUAUGACGUUAUGGACCGGGUCUUAACGAACCGACCGGCCAUAUCCUACUCCUCAUUGGGCGGUGCCGUUAUAGCCCACCAAGUCCUCCAGAGCCCGCCUAGUGGGGCAGACGCAUACACCCAUGGUCUGCCAGGUGGUGCCUUUGGUUCCACUGCUUCGGGCGGGUUCUUGUUUGGUCAUCCGCCCAGGCUGGGGGAGCUGCUUGAGAUCAAAUGUGAGCAUGCAGAGUCCGAGGACGGAUUGCUGAACUCCGAUGCUGCGCCCCCAGAGCUACUGUACCAUACCGGGUCUGGAGAUGAGCAUGACACUGAUGGGAAAUCUGCCGGGCUGGACCAAGAGGAUCCGGUCGAGAUGGCGAGAGGAGAGCGCACGACGUGCGCGCGAUUCUCUCCUUCAGGUUUCAGUGAUCAGAACCAGGCUGGGUCCUCAGGCACAGGGGCCUCCAUUGCUGGUCCUGAUGGCCGGGACACAGGGAACCAGCGUGACCCAGAGGGUUCCCGACCUGCAGCCCCUGUGAGGCAGAGGAAGCGUCGGCGUGCAGGUAGAGGGGCUGGUGGGGGAGGAGGGGGUGGAUGUGGGGGCCGGGGGCCCCUGGACGAGGCCCUGGUCAGCUUCCUAAGCUGGCAGCGGUCUGCCGAGGAGCGGCUCAUCUCCCUGGAGGAGGCACGGCUGGAGAGGGAGGCGCAGGCGGAGGAGAGGCGGGAGCAGAAGGAGGAGAGGAGGGCGGAGCAGGAAAGACAGCAUGAGCUCCGUCUGUUCAGCAUGUUCACUGGGGCCCUGGCCGCUGUUAGACAGACUGCCCCUACUGCUCCACCGGUUGCUCCUACUUUCUCUACUGACUCAACUGUACCCUCUGCCACUUCUGGACACACCGCUAUACUUAACGCCCUAUCUGCCCCAGCUACUUCGUCUGUCCCAUUUGGCUGUCCUGCCCCAACUACAGAACCACCACCAUCCAUCCCAGCCUGUUGCCCCACUAAACCUGAGAGCAUACUGGCCACACUAAGUGGUGCAGAGACCCCUGGCCACAGUGUGUACCUGUCUCGCCGUGGCAACUCCAUUAGACAGCACCAGGGCAUUCUACAGGAGGGCUACACCCAGUACCACGCUGACAAAUACCAGCACACUGACAACCCCAAUGGCAUCAUCAACAUGGGCACCAGUGAGAACAAGCUGUGCUAUGAUCUGCUGCACAAACGGAUGACCCAGCCUGACAUGCUUCAUAUCGACCCAGCCUUGCUGCAGUAUCCUGACUGGAAAGGCCACCGCUUUCUGAGAGAAGAGGUGUCCAGGUUCCUGUCCCACUACUGUGGUUCGCCCAGGCCACUGAGAGCAGACAAUGUUGUGGUGAUGAAUGGCUGUGGCUCCCUCUUCUCAUCCAUAGCCGCAGUGCUUUGUGACCCGGAAGAUGCAAUCCUCAUUCCAACUCCAUUCUAUGGAGUGAUCACUGAGGAUGUGCAUCUGUACAGCGGUGUUCGGCUCUUCCAUGUUCAUCUCGACUGUGAGCCUAGUGGCAGUGGCAGUCGGCCGUUCCACCUCACUGUGGACAAACUGGAGGAAGCUAUGAGGAAGGCGAUUAGCGAGGGGUUGAAUGUGCGGGCCAUGGUCCUGGUGAACCCCCAUAACCCCCUGGCUGAUGUCUACUCCCCUCAAGAGAUGACUGGCUUUCUGGAGUUUGCCAAGAGGCAUAAGUUGCACGCCAUUGUAGAUGAGGUGUACAUGCUGACAGUGUUUGAAGACACAGUAACCUUCCACAGCGUCCUCAGCAUGGACAGCCUGCCGGACCCCCAGAGAACACAUGUGAUGUGGGGGAUGAGCAAGGACUUUGCGAUGGCAGGAGUGCGUGUGGGCACUGUGUACUCUGAUAACAGGGACUUGGUGGAAGCUCUGGAUAAACUGGGGAUGUUCCAUGGUGUCCCUGGUCCCAUACAGCACCAGAUGGCAAUCCUGCUCCAGGACAAAGAUUGGAUCAAUGGGAAGUUUCUUCCAGAGAACAGGCUGAGAAUGCAGGCAGCUCACAGGUACAUGACAGGGGAGCUACAGAGCAUGGGAGUCCCCUACCUCCACCGGCCUGCUGGCUUCUACAUCUGGGCUGACCUCAGGAAGUACCUGUAUGAGCCGUCGUUUGUGGAGGAACUGUCCCUGUGGAGGUGUUUCCUCAGACACAAGGUGGUGCUGAGCUGUGGCCAAGCCUUCCAUUGCUCCACUCCCGGCUGGUUCCGCAUUGUCUUCACCGACCGACAGCAACACCUUACGCUCGGCAUGCAGAGGAUCAGGAGGGCCUUGGAGGAGAUAGAUGGGGCCACAUCCACCCUUGACACGGGCACAACCAACGAGGCCACAGAGGAGAAAGGGACAGAGAAGACAACACAGGGGGACACAACAGACGCACACAAACCUCUUGCUGUUAAGUCAACAUCCUUGUCCAAGAACAGAUCAUCAGAAGAGCCAGAGGAGAAGGAUAAUAACAUCCCUGAUGCCAUCCCAUUGGUCAGUGAAGAUUUUAUCUUGCUUGACUGCCAGACGUCCCACCCCGCAGAAAGUCUGGACUCCCUGAUUGGUGCCCUGAGGCAACAGAUCCACACCUCUGAUUGGCUUGAGAAGAACACUCCGGAACUGUCUGCUGGGGAGGACCCAGAGCUUCUGGAUGUGUUCAAAGACCUGCUGGACAGAGCCAGAAAGUAGAGGAGAAGAAUGGAUGGAGAGGAAAGGAGGGGAUGGAUAGGAGAGGAGGGGAUAUAGAGGAAAGAAAGGACAUCAUCAUAGGCGACAAAGGUUCCCCAGUUUGUCCACAUCAGAAUGUCUUAAUUUUUUGUUAUGAGAGCUGUUCUUCAUUAUUUCAGCCAGAAGUCAGUGUAUCAGGCUGUGCUGUAAUCUCUGCAGUUCUGUUCAUUGAAUGCCAAUGUUGACUCAAACGAAUAUACAGAGUUAAAUUUAAGUCUCUGUCAAAUACAUUUUAUACUUUAGUUAUAACUCGUUUUCAGGUUGUACUUUUGUUCUGUAAUCCACUUUAAUGAUUAACCUUGAAUAUGG